AUGGGAAUAACUUUGCAAGCUAUUGUCUUUCUGGCCCUAGUCUUUGUGUUUUCAUCUGUGUCAGCUUUUUCCCUCCCUCUAUCAACACGAGUAAGGUGGAUCAUUGAUUCGAAAACAGGACGUCGAGUGAAGCUUGUGUGCGUGAAUUGGCCUUCCCACACACAGAGCAUGCUGGCAGAAGGUCUAAACCAUAGGCCAUUGAAAGAACUAGCCGAUGAAGCAAUCAAGUUGAGGUUCAAUUGUGUGCGUCUCACAUAUGCAACCCACAUGUUCACUGGAUAUGCAAAUAGGACAAUUGAAGAGAACUUUGACCUUCUUGAUUUAAAACAAGCAAAAGCUGGAUUGGCUCAAUAUAACCCUUUUGUGUUGAACAAGACCAUUGCCGAAGCAUAUGAAGCUGUUGUUGACGUGUUGGGGGCAAGUGGUUUAAUGGUAAUUGUUGACAACCACAUAAGCCAACCGAGAUGGUGUUGCUCUCUUGAUGACGGCAAUGGUUUCUUUGGAAACCGUAAUUUUGACCCUCAAGAGUGGUUACAAGGUCUUCGCUUAGUUGUUCAACGCUUUGUCAACAAACCAAUGGUGGUAGCAAUGAGCCUACGAAACGAGAUACGAGGAACAAUGGAAAAUGCAAAUGAUUGGAACAAUUAUGUAACUCAAGGAGUAACAACAAUUCACAGCAUAAACUCGACAGUUUUAGUUAUUGUUUCAAGCCUAAAUUAUGAUAAUGAUCUUCGAUGCUUAAAGGAGAAGCCCCUGAGCGUCAAGACCUUAGGAGACAAGUUGGUUUUCGAAGUGCACUUGUGA